GCCAUAUUGUAAACAAUAUAUUCUUCAUAGUUGCGUGUCAAGUACAUACAGGUUUACCCCCUGAUAACUGAUGUCCCGUUGACCGCCGAUUUGCACUGACGAUUUCACGUAGGGGAAAUACACCCGCAAGUUUCGUUGAUUCCCCGGACAUCCAAUGAUUGGCAAAGAGUGGUAGAGACUUGAACUUGGUAUCCUAGACAAAUCUACCACCCUCAACACAGGCAGCAUCAUGAAAUGGUUGAGGGAAUGAAUGGGCACGCUAAGGAUGAGGGAGGUGGAGGUAGAACAGGAGAUGAUGACAACAUCUGUCGGGAUUUCUUACGUAAUGUUUGCCGUCGGGGGAAGCGAUGUAAGUUCCGUCAUCCAGAUGAUGGGGAACAUGGACCUCAAGCAUUAACUCAGGUUAAGGCUGACUUGACCUUCUGCCAUGAUUACCAGAAUGGCCAUUGCACACGUCCCAUGUGUAGAUUUAUUCACUGCACUUGUGAGGAUGAGGACUAUUAUCUGCGUACAGGAGACAUUCCUCCGCACGUUCUUGAUCAGGCCAUUCGCAAAGGACAACUUGGAGAUGUCACACUCAAUGGUGAUGUUCCCAUUUGCAAGGACUAUCUCAUGGGAGAAUGUUCAAGAAGAAGAGGAGGAAAAUGCAAAUUCCGACACUUGACUCAGCUGGAGUAUGAACAAGAGAUCUAUGGCACCAGUCAUAGAGACAUUGAUCAAGGGACCAACCAUUAUGAUCGUACAGUCAACCCUGACCGGCUUGGAAACCUCGGUCCACCCGACCCUAAACGACAUAGGCAAGAACCCAAGCUACUGCCAGUUGAAUUUCAGAGAGAGGGAGACUUUAUACUUCCCAUGGAAGAGAUAGGAAGAGACAUCCUUGGGAGAGACAUCAGUCUGAGAGAAUUUCGAGAUAGAGACCGAGAACGUGAUAAGGAAAGGGACAGGAGGGGGUUGGAAGAGAUUCUACUUAUGAGGAAGCAAAUGGAUAAUUUGAAGAAAGAAAAUUCUUCUCUUAAGAAAGAAGUUUCAGACCUCAGAGCUACUAAUGAAUUUCUCCUUGAUCAGGUGACAACUUUGCGUCUCAGCAAGGCAGGAGGAAGUAUGACAGCCGUCACAGUUCCAACUGUCAGUUUAGCAUCAACUAUUCCUGUGGCAACAAGUGUUCAACCUCUCACUGCAGCACGGCUCUCUCAACCAAUGCCCAUAACCUCUGAUGGCUCUGUAGUAGCACUACCUCCUGGUCCACCUCGUCCUCCUCCACCCCCACAAGCUCAACAGCAAGCACCUCCUCAGUCACUGGCUCCUCCAUCCCAACCAGUGGGAGUGGCACCACCUGGACCUGCUGUUGUAGGUUCAGUGGGUGGGGUUCAGGUAUCUCUAGCACAAGUAUCCACAGUGUCCCUUAACCCUCAGAUUGCCCAAGCCACCUCCAUGACCUCCAUGGCUCCACCAGCGGCUCAGAACAUGGCACAGGCAAUAUCUAUGAGUGGAGCCACUGGUCACUUAGUGUCAUAUCCUAUUAUGACGCAGCCAGGUCUUAGACCUCAGUUACAAUGAAGCCAGGCCAGCCGUGGCCCAGUCACGGUGACAACGACAAUUUGUGCUCCAAGUAUUGUUCCAGUUUCUGAUGUAACUACUCGCAUCCUUCCUUCAACUUAUGUUACCAUUUGGAGUGGUCCUGGUAGGCAGGGAUCAAUAUAAUUUUUAAAUCCAAUGGAGGAAAGAAUGUAUGAGAGGAAAUGUUGCUCCCUGUGCAGUUAUAUGCACAUUGCUUGUGACAGCAUCCCACUUGCAUUCAAUAGAAAUGGAACAUCCCAAAAAGUUGGUAUAGAAUCUUAUCACUGAAACCUAAUGUUCUUAUAGCAUUAUGUCCCUUAGGCAAUUUGGGCUAUUUAGACAUUAAUUUAUUGGAAUUAGUGUUUCUGGAAUACAGUAUAUACCCAAAUUAUAUGUAAUGUAUUUUAUGAAUCAAAAUGUUGGGUCUUGGUUUACACAUUAUUUUUAUAUUUAUAAGGUGAUGUAGACUUUAAUAUUGAAUUCAUAUACAGUACAUCAGGAAAGUACAUAAUGGUAUGAUAUUGUUUGUUAGAAGCGGUAGAUUACCCAUUGUCUCAAAUGUGUGAAAGCUUGGCAGUUCUCUAUGGUGAUUGAUCUGUUUGUCUCCUUGCAAAAUUAUUUUAUUAUUUAUUUUAUAUUUUUUCUAAAAUCAAGUAUUAAUAAUAUAUAAUUUAUUUAUUAAUAUAUUGAUUAUGAAGUAUAAUCUCAACCAGGUGUGUUCUGUGGGCACAGUAUUUUAAGUGAUCAGACAGCAUCCACACUCUUCUCUGGUAGUCUAUGCUACUUGUGGUUCCAAUAAGAAAGGAAAUUUCUCUCUAAAAUUGUACUUAAGUGUUGGAAUCACAUGUCUCAUUGAUAUUUCUGUGAUGAUGGUGUUUUUUCAUUAGUAAGUGUAAGUGAAGACUCAUAUUGUAUAAGAACUCAGUCUGUUACUAAGGCUGUGAAAAUAUUCAUUUCAUCUGUGUCUUCUUUAUGUUGUACUGUAUAUUUCCACAGAAUUUUUGCCAGGUUUACUUGAAGUGGUCACCUUUUAGUGUCAUCACAAGUAAUGUCCACCUUAGGAAUAAUCAAAUUUUGUUUAUAAAAAUUGAGAUUCUUAUUACUAUCUUACAGAUUGAUGUACAAAUAAUUUGUUGAUUUCUCAGAACUCACUGAGGCAAUUUCAUUACCGGUUACUGGACAGGCAUUUGAAAAUGUUGCUAGCUGGGUUGUACUUGUUGGCAGACAUAGUAUUGAUGAGAACCUAGAUUAACUACCAAGCUGUAUCUCCAAGGUUGUUGCUCCAUCUCCAUUCAG